GCGCUAAACUCUCGUCCAAUCAGAUUAGCCGUAGAAUUUUUUUCCCGCCCUCUCUCCUCCCAUGCUUUUUUGACUUAACUGAUGUCACUUAUCUCUUAAAUUUUCACUCCGUCGUGCUCUCGACUGUUUGUUGAAGACGUGCAACUGCUGAUCCACAGAAAGAAUCAUGGUCCAAGCUAAAUUCUGGGUCCUGGUCAAGCACUUUGAUGGCGUCCCUAAUGACAGCAACUUCAAGCUCAAGGUGGAGGAGCUCCCCAACAUCAAGGAUGGAGAGGUGCUUUUGGAAGCAGUGUUUCUCAGCGUGGACCCGUACAUGAGGGUGUUCAGCAAGUUAUUCAUGAAAGAAGGGGACGUCAUGAUUGGAGCUCAAGUUGCCAAAGUGAUCGAGAGUAAAAACUCAGCAUUUCCUGUGGGGAGCCAUGUCGUGAGUGAUUGUGGCUGGAGAACCCACACGAUCUCUGAAGGGAAGGGCCUCCUUCCCGUCAUGGCUGACUGGCCCAAAGAUGUUUCACUGUCUCUGGCUCUGGGUACUAUUGGCAUGCCAGGACUCACCGCCGUGUACGGGAUCGAGGAAAUCUUGGGGCUGCAGAAGGGCGAGACCCUGCUGGUGAAUGCCGCAGCUGGAGCGGUGGGCUCCUUGGUGGGACAGAUCGCCAAGAUCAAGGGCUGCAAGGUGGUGGGGUCGGCAGGCACCGAGGCCAAAGUGGCUUUCCUCAAAGAGCUGGGAUUCGACGUGUACUUCAACUACAAAACCGUCGGUUCCCUGGAGGAAGCCCUGAGGAACGCCUCUCCGGAGGGAUACGACUGCUUCUUUGAUAACGUGGGAGGACCUUCUUCAUCCGUGGCCUUGGAACAGAUGAAGAAAUUUGGAAGAAUAGCUUUGUGUGGAAGUAUCUCCACAUACAAUGACAUUACACCCCAAACAGGGCCAUGCCCUCAGCUGACCAUGAUCUUAAAGGAGAUAAAGAUGGAGGGCUUCCUGCAGGCCAGGUGGGAGCACAAGCACCCUGAAACUCUCAGGAAGCUGAUGACGUGGGUCAAAGAGGGUAAACUGAAGACUCGGGAGCACAUCACAAAAGGCUUCGAUAACAUGCCAGCUGCUUUCAUGGGGCUCCUGAAGGGAGAUAACAUCGGCAAGGCGAUCAUCGCGAUCUGAUGUGAAGCGGGGCUCACACGGCCAGAAACAGCGCGAGGAAAGAAAUCACUCUUGAAGGACUGAUCAACAGACAUAAAACUAAUCAAAUGGCUUCGCAUCAACACGUCACUGUUCAUCUUUUAAUGUUUAGUGUAAUCGGACAAGUCAUUUGAAGAAAUGUGAUUGAUGACUUUCAUACAUAGCUGUUGAAGAGUUAAAUCUGUCCACAAAUCUUGACAUUGUACGAGUUUGUAGAAAGAUUUUUGUUUAGCGGAUUGUAAUUCAUAGUGAAGUUCAUCAAAAUAAUGACGAAUGCAUGUUUAAAUAACUCACUGCUGUGGGAAUAAUGAGGAAUGAAGUGAAAGAUUUCUCCUGUAAGACGACACAACUCGUUUAUUUCCGUCUUGCUAGGUACCUCUGACUGUAAUUAUCCAUGUGCUUUGUAACAGCUAAAACCUUUUUGUACGAUUUAAUAAAGCUGAUUUUGUGAUUUA